AUGUCCGAUUCUGAGGAUAGCAUAGCGAGCCCGAAUGGCUCGGAAAAAUCGGCAGAGCGCGACGAAACCACCGAGAUGAUGCCGACUCGGCAGAAUCACAAUGGCGACAAGCCUGAGGAAUUCGAGAAACUGCUUCAAUCGAUGGUAGUCGCCCACAGCGUGUCUGAAGAGGAAGAACAGGUGGAGGAGGAAGAUAAGAAUGAAAAAAAGAUCGUAGAAAUGACUACUCCGGAAGCACCACCCGAUUUUCGACUUGAGUACAUCAGCAGUUUCGUGCAGAAGAGUUUGAAAUUAAAGCCAGAAAAAUGGGGAAGAUUAUUAUUGACAGAGGAAUAUCGGAACGCGGUGUUGGAUUUUCUGGACAAGCCAUUACCGAUCGCCCUUUUUGUCGUUUUAACACCGAAUGCGCAAUUAGUGGCAUCGUCCAGUUUUCCCAUACCAUGCCAGAGAACAAAAGGAGUUUAUGCAAUCAAAAUAAAGCAAGCUCCAUUAUUAAAAGACAAGGAAGGAUGUUCAGCCAUGUUAAUCAUGGGAGAUCUAUCCCAUCGAGUUGUCGACCAAUUGGCUACGUUAGUGGAUAAUAUAUUUGCUCCUCUUCUCACUAAACCAGAAAAUCACAAGGAUUUGCCGGAAGUAGCGAUUCACGACAUAUGUAAACACGUGCACGCUCUCCGUGGAACGUUGUAUCAGGUGAAAGGACAGGUAAACGGACGAACUGUACUACCGAUGCCAGCAGGUCUCGAAAAAGUGACGGAAGUUGAGAGAUUGGUCACUACGGAAGGAUCACAAGCGGCCGAUCUGUAUUUGAAAAGUGCUAUAGAAGGAGUGGUGAUAAAAUGGGCUUACUUAGUAAACGACGUCGUUACUCAUGAAUCUAGCGUCGCAUUUGAAAAUGGACAAAAUCCGACGCCCAACGUCGAGCUAGAUUAUUGGUCUACUAGAUUGGCGAAUUUAAGAUACAUUUAUGAUCAACUGCAAGAAGACCGUGUGAAGAAGAUGGCGACGAUUCUUGAGAAAACUGAUAGCGCUUAUUUUCCUUGUUUCCGCACGUUAUUCGACAAUGUUGUCUCUUCGUUGGCCGAAGCGAAGGACAUAUCCUUGUAUCUAAUGCCUUUGGCAAAGUGUUUCAAGUCCGUAGAAGAGAUUGAUUUCGCCGAAGCUAAACCGCUGAUGGCUGUUCUGAUACAUUCGCUCGGAUUAGCAUGGGCGAAAUGCAAGAGUUAUCAAAGCUCCAGUAAACUCAUCAUCAUGCUUCGACAGAUAUGCAACUUAUUAAUACAAGAGGCACGCCGAUUUCUCGAUCCGACAUCAAUAUUUCAAAGCGAUGUUGAUGAAGCUCUCCAACGCGUUAAAAUAUCGAGAGGUAAUGUUAAUUUGAAAUUUUUUGCUAGCUCUUGCAUCUGUUAUUUUAUUCAUUCGAGAGAUUUCAAAAGUGUUUUUUACUCAGGAAUUCUGGAAGAAUUUAAAAGACAGUUUGAACUAAGAAAGCACAUGCCAGGCUUAAAACCGGAAGCUCCACCUUGGAUAUUCAAUUCGACCGCCGUCUUCACUCGUCUCGACGCUUUUCUGAAGCGACUCGCGGAUAUUGAGUGGCUCUUCGAUACCGUUCUUGAAUUUUCCAAGUUGGAGAAGAUUGAAGUAGGCGGCAUUCUCGGACGUUCCUUGAGCGCGAGGAUCAUAAACGUAUUCAAAGAAUUUCAGCAGCUUUUCGUUUCGUUCACCGUGAGAGCCAGCGACGUUCUCGAGCCGGACGAUGAAUCUUUCGUUGUCGAUUGCACCAAAUUCGCCGAAUCCAUCACCGAUCUUGACAGCAAACUGGCAGCGAUUCUGUGCCAAGCUUUCGACGAUUGCGGUAAUCUCGAAAGUGUUUUCAAGUUAAUAAACAUCGCCGGGUCGGUGUUGGAGCGUCCUGUCAUACGAAAGCAAUUCACUAAUCGAUACGCUCGAAUUCUCGAGCUUUUGAAUAUGGAACUUUCGGUGGUGGAAGUUUUGUUCAAUCGCGGUACCAGAGGAGCUCUGACUGAUCUACCACCUUUGGCCACUGCCUUGACGUUCACCAGCAUGUUGCGCCAGCGUAUCAACUUGCCUAUACAAUCAUUUAAAGCUAUGCCGCAUCCAGAAGCUGAUGUUUUAUUAUUAAAUUUCGAUCCCGAUCUUCUUGCAGUAUUGAAAGAAGUGAGCUACUUAAAACAAAUGUCACGUUCCGAUAUUCCUCAAGAAGCUAUCAAGGUAUCUGAAAGUGCGGAGACAUUCAGAAAAUUUCGCACGAUGUUAGCUAGUACAGUUGACUCAUACAAUAAUAUACGUAAAACGACCAAGCAAGUUGAGUUCGAUCUAAUCGAAUUAGAACUGGCACGGAUCGAUUCCUUGAUAUCCCGCGGGGAAGAUGAGCUGUGCUGGAGAUCAGACGGGCUUCUGGAAUAUAUAACGGAGUUGGGUGAUCUCGUAGAGGGAUUGUGGAAGCGCAUGAAGUCCGCCCAAUCGAACGUGGAAAAGAUCAGAAACAUUUUGGAACCCUGGACGAAAACGCCCCUCAUAGAACGGAAAGACCGUCGUAAGGAGACAUUGCUGGCCUUGGAAGAUCGCUCGGAAAAAGUAUCAAAACGUUACGCGGAGAUUACAAAGGCCGCUGAGCAGAUACAUUCGAUAUUAGAGGAAAAUAAAAUGCUCUUCCAAAUUAAUGAAACCGAACAGAAAGCUUGGCAAGAAUAUGUGAAAUAUAUUGACGACAUUGUGCUCGAGUCUCUUCGUAAAGCGGUUGGAUGUUCCUUAGGCUAUUUAGCAGAAAGUAUGGAUCCAAUCGGUCAAUGCGAGCCGUUACUUGAAGCAAAAUUAGAACUCAGGGAUCCAGAUUUAUAUUACAUUCCGUCGUUAGAACCCGAUGAUCCAGACGGACUUGAUCAACUGAUCCUUGGCUUGUUAAAUGAUAUUACCGGUAUGGCUGCCUUGAUACCACGAUUAAAAUGUGAUUCUGUAGGAUAUGCUGAAGAAUUAGCAUGUGAUGUAGACAUCAAAGGAAUGAAAGAUGAAAUAUUGACAAGCGUAGCUACUGCUGUAGAAGAGGCUACUGAUUUCUGUAGUAAUUUUGAAGGCUAUGCCUAUUUAUGGCUGGAUGAUAGGGAUGUUGUGAUGCAACAAUUCCUCGAGUAUAGCCGACAAUUGUCAGUGGAAGAAAUGGACAUGGUAGCGGCUCAGGACCCUAAAGGUCCAACGAAGUCACCGCCGAAAAUGGAGCAAUUCCGCGAACAAAUUGACCUUUACGAAGGCCUCUAUCUCGAGAUCGAGGAAAUGGAUCUGUCUAAAGUAUUUUGCGGUUGGUUCAGAGUAGAUCUCAGACCCUUCAGACAAUCAGUCCUAAACACUGUAUGCAAAUGGUCAAAUAUGUUUAAAAAACAUUUAGUCGAUCGUGUAACGAGCAGCCUUUCUGAUCUGGGAACAUUUAUAAGAUUAGCGGACAAGGGAUUAUCACAGCAAGUACAACCAGGCGAUUAUGCUGCUCUGGUAAGCGUAAUGGGCUACCUACUGCAAGUGAAAGAACGUCAGCCAACUACAGACGAGAUGUUUCACCCAUUAGAGGAAACCAUUGAGUUGCUCAAAUUUUACGAUCAAGAUAUACCCGAAGAAGUAAAUGUGCUGUUGCAAGAGUUGCCGGAGCAAUGGGCAAACACGAAAAAACUCGCUCUUAUGGUGAAGCAGCAAGUUGCGCCAUUGCAGGCAGGUGAGGUAUCAAGAAUUCGUGGUCGAAUCUCUGCAUUCGAUAUUACAAUAAAUCAGUAUCGAGAGGCAUUUCGGCGAUAUGCUUUCUUUAAAUAUGACUGCAAAAAUCCGUAUGAGCUAUUAGAUGAGGCCCACAAGGAGAUUCUCAUGCUGGAACGCCAAAUGAAGGAUAUACAAGAAUCCGCCUCGUUAUUUGAAGUGACAGUACCCGAAUUUAAACAGCUGAGACAGUGCAGGAGGGAGCUGAAGAUGCUUAAGCAGCUCUGGGAUUAUGUAAAUAUAGUACAGAGUAGUAUCGAGGGCUGGAAGACGACACCCUGGAGGAAAAUCGACGUGGAGAAUAUGGACAUCGAGUGCAAGAAGUUCGCAAAGGAGAUACGUGCGCUGGACAAAGAAAUGAGGCCAUGGGACACUUACGUGUCAUUGGAAGCGACGGUAAAGAAUAUGCUUACGUCGCUGCGUGCCGUAGGGGAAUUGCAAAAUCCAGCUAUACGGGAAAGACACUGGCGACAGCUGAUGAAUAGUACUAAGGUCCGUUUCGUAAUGGACGAAUCGACGACUCUAGCCGAUUUACUCGAAUUGAAUCUCCAUGAAUGUGAAGAAGAAGUUAAGAAUAUCGUAGAUAAAGCGGUUAAGGAAAUGUCCAUGGAGAAAUAUAUGAAAGAGUUGAAUAUUACGUGGUCGAAAAUGGAAUUUGAGCGGGAAGUUCACACUCGCACGGGAGCAACUUUAAUAAGAGCCAGUGAGGAACUGAUUGAAACUUUAGAAGAGAACCAGNUACAACUGCAAAAUUUGAUCACCUCGAAAUUUAUCGCACACUUCCUGGAGGAAGUGUCGUCGUGGCAGAAGAAAUUAAGUAUUGCCGAUCAGGUAACGACGAUUUGGUUCGAAGUUCAGCGCACCUGGAUGCAUCUUGAAAGCAUCUUUAUGUCGUCCGAAGAUAUUCGACGGCAGUUGCCGGUGGAUGCCGAGCGAUUCGAUCGCAUCGAUAAGGAAUUUAAAGAGAUGACGGAGAAGAUGGCGAAAACGCCGAAUGUCAUCGAGGCGACGAAUAAAGACGGUCUCGUGUCUGCUCUAGACGUUCUGCAGAAAGAACUCGUACUAUGCGAGAAAGCUUUGGCGGAAUAUCUCGAAACAAAACGUCUUGCUUUUCCACGAUUCUAUUUUGUUUCUUCUAGCGAUUUGUUGGACAUAUUAUCAAAUGGGAACCAACCGGAAAUAGUGGCAAAACACUUGACAAAAUUAUUCGAUUCUAUGGCGCGCCUGAACUUCGAUGAUCAGGAUGCAUCCAUACAUUAUACGAAGUUAUACUUAUGGCAAAGUCAGCUGCGGCACAGAUGGGACGAGAAGGAGAAGGAUUGCUUCGCAAAUAUUUGCGACGCUCAGUUCAAAUAUUCUCACGAAUAUCUGGGAAAUACUCCCAGGUUGGUCAUAACGCCGCUAACGGAUAGGUGCUACAUAACUUUAACGCAAUCUCUGCAUCUCAUCAUGGGCGGUGGUCCAGCUGGACCAGCUGGGACCGGAAAAACCGAGACCACGAAAGAUCUCGGUAGAGCUCUCGGUAUAAUGGUGUACGUGUUCAAUUGUUCCGAACAGAUGGACUACAAGUCUUGCGGUAACAUAUACAAGGGUCUGGCGCAGACUGGCGCGUGGGGUUGCUUCGACGAAUUCAAUAGGAUUACCGUAGAGGUGCUUUCGGUAGUCGCCGUGCGUAAAUCAAUCCAAGACGCCAUCAGAGAUAAAAAAGAAAAGUUCAACUUCAUGGGCGAGAUGAUAGCUCUCGAACCGACUGUUGGCAUAUUCAUUACCAUGAAUCCCGGUUACGCCGGCCGCACGGAAUUACCGGAGAAUCUGAAGGCGCUUUUCCGUCCCUGCGCCAUGGUAGUGCCCGAUUUCGAAUUGAUAUGUGAGAUAAUGUUAGUGGCGGAAGGAUUUCAGGAUGCGAGGGUACUCGCGAGAAAGUUUAUUACACUCUACACGUUAUGUAAAGAGUUGUUAUCCAAACAGGAUCACUAUGAUUGGGGUUUAAGAGCGAUCAAGUCAGUCUUAGUAGUUGCUGGUAGCUUAAAAAGGGGUGACCCAGAAAGGCCAGAAGAACAAGUUCUAAUGAGAGCUCUAAGAGAUUUCAAUAUUCCUAAAGUGGUGUCGGAUGAUCUGCCAGUUUUUAUGGGUCUGAUAGCGGAUCUAUUUCCAGCAUUGGACGUUCCUAGAAAGAGAGAUGUUGAAUUCGAAAAAAUGGUUAAACAAGCGGCUGCCGAUCUAAGUCUACAACCGGAAGACGGCUUCAUUCUUAAGGUCGUACAGCUCGAGGAACUUUUAGAAGUAAGGCACUCCGUCUUUAUUGUAGGUACAGCUGGUUCCGGAAAGACCCAAGUUUGGAAAACGCUGUUCAAGACUUAUCAUAAUAUGAAGAGAAAGCCGGUGUACAACGAUCUCAAUCCCAAAGCUGUGACCAAUGACGAGCUCUUCGGCAUUAUCAAUCCGGCGACGCGAGAGUGGAAAGACGGUCUGUUCUCAGUAAUAAUGAGAGAGCAGGCAAAUUUAGGCGGUGAAAAUCCAAAGUGGAUCGUUCUGGACGGCGACAUUGAUCCGAUGUGGAUCGAAUCGUUAAACACUGUUAUGGACGAUAAUAAGGUUCUAACAUUGGCUAGCAACGAACGGAUUGCUCUUACGCCGGCGAUGAGGUUACUCUUCGAGAUCUCGAAUUUGAGAACCGCCACACCCGCCACAGUUUCACGCGCUGGUAUUCUGUACAUAAACCCGCAGGAUUUGGGAUGGAAUCCGUACGUGACCAGCUGGGUCGAGAAGCGAUCGUUGCAGAGUGAGAAGUCGAAUCUGGUCAUGCUUUUCGACAAAUACAUUCCCACUUGUCUCGAAACUUUACGAACAAGAUUUAAAAAGAUAACACCUAUAGCCGAUAUGGCGCACGUCGAAAUGUUGUGUCAUCUUCUCCAUUGUCUUUUAAGACCGGAGUUGACGACUGGCGACUUUCACAAAGAGCAUUAUGAACUUUAUUUCGUGUUCGCUGCCGUCUGGGCAUUCGGUUCCGCCAUGUUUCAAGAUCAAACUGUGGAUUAUCGAGUAGAAUUCACUAAAUGGUGGAUUAAUGAGUUCAAGCAAGUGAAAUUCCCCUCGCAAGGCACAGUUUUCGAUUAUUACAUCGACAAUGAGACAAAGAGUUUCGUCCCCUGGACGGAACGUCUCCCAAAAUUUGAAUUGGAUCCGGAAAUACCAUUGCAAGCUGUUUUAGUCUAUACAUCGGAAUCUAUUAGAAUAAAAUACUUUCUUGAUCUGUUAAUGCCGGAAAGGCAUCCGAUAAUGUUAGUCGGUACAGCUGGUUGUGGCAAGACUGUCCUGGUCGCUGAGAAACUACUUCAACUUCCUGAGAAUUACGCGGUGUCCAACGUACCGUUUAAUUUCUACACCUCGUCCGAAAUGUUGCAGAAGAUCUUAGAAAAAUCACUAGAAAAGAAAGCUGGCAGAAAUUAUGGUCCACCGGGAAAUAAAACUUUGGUAUAUUUCAUCGAUGAUAUGAACAUGCCGGAAGUGGACGCGUACGGCACCGUCCAGCCUCAUACAUUGAUCAGGCAGCAUUUAGAUUACGGUCAUUGGUACGAUCGAACUAAAUUAACUCUAAAAGAUAUUCACAAUUGUCAAUAUGUCAGCUGUAUGAAUCCGACCGCUGGGUCGUUUACAAUUAACCCGAGGUUGCAAAGGCAUUUUGCUGUAUUUGCCGUUAGCUUUCCGAAUGUGGAUUCCUUGACGACAAUAUACGCCUCUAUUUUGUCGCAGCAUCUUGCAAAUAUAGAACACAGGUUUCCUGCAAACGUCACUGAAUUGUGUCCGAAUAUCGUGCAAGCGAGCAUUCAACUCCAUCAUCGUUGCGCUCAAAUGUUUCUACCAACAGCCGUGAAGUUCCAUUAUAUCUUCAAUCUUCGCGAACUUUCUAACUGCUUUCAAGGUCUAUUGUUCAGCGGUAAUGAGUGCUUACAAUCCUCGGUGGAUCUAAUCAGACUUUGGAUGCACGAAACUCAACGUGUCUAUGGAGAUAAAUUAACAGACGAGAAAGAUACAGAAAGUUUUUUAAAACUACAAUUCGAUAUCUUGAAAAAGAAUGUGGAGGAAGUGGAUGAGGGAGCAAUUCUGGAGAAACCUAAUAUUUAUUGUCAUUUUGCAGGAGGUGUUGGAGAACCAAAGUACAUGCCUGUCAAAGAUUGGACAACUUUACAUCGGCUGUUGUCGGAGGCAAUGGUCAGCUAUAAUGACUUGGUAGCAGCUAUGAAUUUAGUGCUUUUCGAAGAUGCUAUGAUGCACGUAUGUCGCGUAAAUAGGAUCGUAGAAUCACCUAGAGGCAGUGCUCUCUUAAUGGGUGUAGGUGGAUCCGGUAAACAAAGUCUUUCGCGAUUAGCGGCUUUUAUAAGUUCCUUGGAAGUUUUUCAAGUCCAGCUGAAGAAGGGUUACGGUGUAACCGAUUUAAAAUUAGAACUCGCUGCCCUGUAUUCAAAAGCGGGCUUGAAAAAUUUGGGUAUCAUGUUCCUGAUGACAGACGCGCAAGUGUCAAACGAACAAUUUUUGGUACUUAUCAAUGACAUGCUCGCGUCUGGAGAAAUUCCAGAUUUAUUUGCCGAGGACGAAGUGGAAAAUAUAAUAGCAGGGGUUCGUAACGAAGUAAAAGGCGCCGGUAUGUUGGACACGCGUGAAAAUUGCUGGAAAUUCUUCAUCGACCGUGUUCGCCGACAACUUAGGAUAGUAUUAUGUUUCUCUCCCGUCGGUUCGACUCUGCGGGUCAGAUCGAGAAAAUUUCCGGCAAUCAUAAAUUGUACGAUGAUAAACUGGUUUCACGAGUGGCCUCAAGAGGCAUUAAUGUCAGUGUCAAAAAGAUUCUUGCAAGAACUAGAAGAGUUGCCAGAAACAUAUAGAGAAUCAGCUGCUAAAUUUAUGGCCCAUGCACACACCAGCGUAAAUAUAGCCAGUCGUCAUUAUCUGAAUAGUGAACGUCGUUACAAUUACACGACUCCAAAAUCUUUCUUGGAACAGAUAAGUUUAUAUACUAGAUUGUUAAAAACAAAAACUUCUGAACUACGUGCUAGAGUGGCUAGAUUGGAAAACGGUUUGGACAAACUGAGGUCAACGGCCGUACAAGUGGAUAAGUUAAAAAAGAAACUGGCUGUACAAGAGGUAGAAUUACAACAGAAGAACGAAGCUGCAGACGCUCUAAUUGCCAUAGUUGGUGUUGAGACGGAGAAAGUCCAAAAGGAGAAAGCGAUAGCCGAUGAAGAGGAAUCCAAAGUGGCUGUGAUAGCCGAUGAAGUCUCAAAGAAACAAAAAGAUUGCGAAGCAGACUUAAUGAAAGCCGAGCCUGCUUUGUUGGCCGCACAAGAAGCUCUGAAUACUCUGAACAAGGCGAAUUUAACAGAAUUGAAAUCAUUCGGCUCGCCUCCUGGCGCCGUAACAAACGUCACUGCUGCAGUCAUGGUUCUUUUGGCACCAUCUGGCAAAGUACCUAAAGAUCGCAGUUGGAAGGCUGCCAAGAUUAUGAUGGCAAAAGUGGAUACUUUCUUGGAUUCCUUAAUCAAUUAUGAUAAAGAGAAUAUACAUCCUGAAGUGAUUAAAGCGAUACAGCCAUAUCUUAAGGACUCCGAAUUCGAGCCUGAAUUUGUAAGAUCCAAAUCGGCCGCUGCGGCGGGUUUAUGUGCCUGGGUAAUUAAUAUUAUCAAAUUCUACGAAGUCUUCUGUGAUGUGGAGCCGAAACGAAAGGCUCUUGCACACGCAAACGCGGAGCUGGCUGCAGCUCAAGACAAGCUUAGCGGUAUCAAGCGAAAAGUAGCCUCUUUAGAAGAACAAUUGGCGAAGUUAACAGCGGAUUUUGAACAGGCGACAUCCGAAAAAUUGAAAUGUCAACAGGAAGCCGAUGCCACCAAUUCAACGAUUGCGUUAGCGAAUAGAUUAGUUGGUGGGUUGGCAUCUGAAAAUGUUCGUUGGGCUGAUUCAGUGGCAAAUUUUAUGCAACAAGCGUCGACGUUACCCGGCGAUGUAUUACUGGUGACGGCUUUUAUAUCCUACGUGGGUUGCUUUACAAAACAAUUCCGGCAGGAUUUACUAAACAAACAAUGGCUGCCGUUCAUACGCAACGUAGAACCGAUGAUUCCAAUUACCGAAGGCUUGGAUCCUCUGUCGCUACUAACGGACGACACGCAAAUCGCUAAAUGGAAUAACGAGGGAUUGCCAAACGAUCGAAUGUCAACAGAAAACGCUACGAUACUGACCAACUCUGAUCGUUGGCCAUUGAUGAUAGAUCCACAGCUUCAGGGUAUAAAAUGGAUCAAGGAGAAGUACGGAGACGAGCUGAAAGUGAUCAGAUUAGGUCAACGUGGUUACUUGGAUGUGAUCGAAUUAUCAUUAGCAAACGGAUCUACGGUUCUGCUGGAGAAUAUCGGGGAGACUGUAGAUCCCGUCCUGGAUCCUUUACUAGGCCAAAAUUUAAUCAAGAAGGGUCGAGCCAUUAAGAUCGGCGAUAAGGAGGUGGAAUACAAUACUAUGUUUAGAUUGCUGCUGCACACGAAACUAGCUAAUCCCCAUUACAAGCCGGAAAUGCAGGCGCAAACUACGCUGAUUAAUUUCACGGUGACGAGAGACGGGCUGGAGGAUCAAUUGCUCGCGGAAGUGGUUAAGGCUGAGAGACCAGAUUUAGAGGAAUUGAAGGCGGAGCUUACCAGGCAACAAAAUGAUUUUAAGAUUACUCUCAACAGUCUUGAAGAUUCGCUUCUUUCGAGACUGUCAUCAGCCGGUAGUAAUGUCCUCGAAGAUACAUCUCUCGUGGAGAACUUGGAAACCACUAAGCGCACUGCUGCAGAAAUCGAAUCCAAGGUUACGGAGGCUCGUGGCACCAGUCGACAGAUUGACGCGGCUCGAGAACUUUAUCGACCGGCAGCAGCAAGAGCUUCGUUACUAUACUUCAUUUUGAAUGAUCUGAAUACGAUCAAUCCUAUCUAUCAAUUUUCGUUGAAAGCUUUCAGCGUAGUUUUUCAGAAAGCGAUCUUGAAGGCUGAUCCUGCGCCCGACGUUGCGGGAAGAGUGCAAAAUUUGAUCGAGUGCAUCACGUAUUCAGUCUUCAUGUAUACCAGCAGGGGACUUUUCGAGUGUGACAAACUAAUCUUUGCCUCGCAAAUGGCUUUCCAAAUCUUAUUGGUGAGAAACGAAGUCACGGCUAGCGAACUGGACUUUCUCCUGAGAUUCCCUAUAACGCCACACGUCACUUCACCGGUCGAUUUCCUCACCAACACCAGUUGGGGUGGUAUAAGAAGUCUCGCCACAAGAGAAGAGUUUCGAAAUUUGGACCGGGACAUCGAGAGUUCCGCCAAACGCUGGAAAAAGUUCGUAGAGUGCGAAUGCCCGGAGCGCGAGAAGUUUCCUCAAGAAUGGAAAAACAAGACUGCUAUACAACGUCUGUGUAUGCUGAGAGCUCUAAGACCGGACAGAAUGACGUAUGCCAUCGCUGCGUUUAUCGAAGAAAAGCUCGGUGCAAGAUACAUUGAGACGAGAACGAUGGAGUUUGCAAAAUCUUUUGAAGAGACUAGUCCCAGUACUCCCAUUUUCUUUAUUCUGUCGCCUGGAGUUAAUCCAUUGAAGGAUGUAGAAGAUCUGGGUCGUCGUCUUAAUUUUACAUCAGAUAAUCAAAAUUUCCAUAAUGUGUCUCUUGGUCAAGGACAAGAAACAGUGGCCGAACAGGCUAUAGAUAUAGCAACCAAAAAUGGUCAUUGGGUAGUAUUACAAAAUAUACACUUAGUAAAGAAGUGGCUUCCAUUACUAGAAAAAAAAUUGGAGGUCGCUGCGGAAGGUUCUCAUCCCGAUUAUAGAAUGUUUAUGAGUGCAGAACCGGCUAGUACACCAGCAGGUCAUAUAAUACCUCAAGGUAUUCUAGAAUCAUCGAUUAAAAUUACAAACGAACCACCUACUGGCAUGCAAGCUAAUUUACAUAAAGCUUUAGACAAUUUUACUCAAGAGACUUUAGAGAUGUGCUCUAAAGAAGCCGAGUUCAAAGCGAUUUUAUUCUCUUUAUGUUAUUUCCAUGCAGUCGUCGCAGAACGUCGUAAAUUUGGACCCCAAGGUUGGAAUAAAAUAUAUCCCUUCAAUGUAGGAGACUUGAACAUCAGUGUCAGUGUACUUUAUAAUUAUUUGGAAGCGAGCCCCAAAGUACCUUGGGAAGACUUAAGAUAUCUCUUCGGAGAAAUUAUGUAUGGCGGCCACAUAACAGAUGACUGGGACAGAAGACUUUGCGUAUCCUAUCUUGAAGAAUUAAUGCAGCCUGAUCUGAUCGACGGAGAGCUGCAACUGGCGCCAGGUUUUCCCGCGCCUCCUAAUACAGAUCUGGCCGGUUAUCACACAUACAUUGACGAAGCUAUACCACCGGAAUCUCCAUAUCUAUAUGGAUUACAUCCAAACGCGGAAGUCGGCUUUUUAACGACGACGGCUGAGAAUUUAUUCCGAACAGUUUUUGAGAUGCAACCGCGUGAUACCGGUAGCUCGGGAGGACAAACUGUUACUCGAGAAGAGAAGGUGAAGCAAGUACUGGACGAGAUAAUAGAGAAGCUACCCGAGGAAUUUAAUAUGACGGAGAUCAUGGGGAAAGUCGAGGAACGGACACCUUACGUGAUCGUCGCCUUUCAAGAAUGCGAGAGGAUGAAUUUUCUGACGACCGAGAUCAAACGAUCGCUGCGUGAGUUAGAUCUAGGUCUCAAAGGCGAACUCACCAUAACAUCGGACAUGGAGGAUCUGGAGAAUGCGUUAUUCUUUGAUCAAGUUCCACCGAUGUGGGCUAGUAGAGCUUAUCCGUCUUUAUUGGGUCUGACCGGUUGGUUCGUCGAUCUGUUGCUGAGAAUCAGAGAACUGGAGACAUGGUCCACGGAUUUCGUAUUACCAGCGUCGGUGUGGCUCGCUGGAUUUUUCAAUCCCCAAUCGCUGCUCACCGCCAUCAUGCAAUCGACAGCUAGGAGACAUGAGUUGCCGCUCGAUAAAAUGUGCCUCCAGUGCGACGUGACCAAAAAGAACAAGGAGGAAUUUACGUCAGCACCAAGGGACGGGGCCUACGUCCACGGAAUAUUUAUGGAAGGCGCGCGAUGGGACGUCCAAACGGGAAUCAUCGUCGACUCCAGACCCAAGGAAUUAUAUCCAGCGAUGCCGGUGAUUAAUGUACGCGCGAUCACGCAGGACAAACAGGAUUUGAGGAACAUGUACGAGUGUCCGGUGUACAAAACACGCACGCGUGGCCCGACAUAUGUAUGGACGUUUAAUUUAAAAACCAAGGACAAACCGGCUAAAUGGACAUUGGCCGGUGUUGCUCUCUUGCUACAAACCUAGAUAAAAUAAAUGUUGUUACAUUUAGCGAUUAGUUAAUGUUAAUUGCUUGUACUAUAUGAACAUAUUGCAUCGUGUACCUGAUCGUGAGAUAAUAACAAUUAAUUAAUUUCUUUUUUAUCCUUUUUCUUUAAUAAUAUAAAUGUAUCCUUUUUUUUUGGAAUAUUUUUACUUUAUUAAAGUAGCAUUUUUCACUUGUCUCUACUGUGCAAAGAUCGAUCUUAGAAAUAUUAAUUAAUUAAGACAGCUUAUAAUUGUUUCUAUUUAUU